AUGUCAGGAUACUCCUACCUAAUUUCUAGUCUGUUGUUUGUAUCACAGCCGCAGGAGUCUGACACUCCGGUGGAAUCUUUUUAUGAUGAGGAUUAUGUCCGGAAUUCAUCAUAUACUGAUCUCAUUGAUUUGACAUAUCAUUUAAUUACUAGAGGAGCGAAUAAGCUGGAGAAAGAAUUACUUGUGUUAUGGGAGAUCAGAUUGACUUUAUUACUCUUCAAUGGCGAGUUGCCUGUGGCUAAAAGAGAGGCGAUCAAUCUCAACAACGCCCUCUUUCAGCAUGAGAAUCCAAACUCACCCAUUCCUCCUAUAUCCACGAACGCCAACCCGCUGCCGUUGCUAAUUGACAACAAUGGAUCUAGAGGGAAUACUCCACGCUUGUCACCUGCUCCCAAUGUGAUUUAUCCGUUGCCAAAAAACAAUGCUGGUCUUAUAAAUUAUCUGUUGUUGAUGCUUGUGUUGAGGUUGAAGUCUAUGCGCAACCUUGCAUUAGUGAAUGAACUAUACAAAUUAUGCUAUCAGGUGAGACUCAAAGGGUCUAGUUCGAAGGCGAUGAGCGUUCAGUUGAAAUUGUUCAAUCUCAGUUAUGAAAUUGUGUCUGUUCUCAUCACCACUAGAAACUAUUAUACCCUCUUAUCACUUUUGCGAUCAUUACGGCGAGAUACAACCCUCAGAGUACACAAACUGAACGUUCCCGAACCACAGUAUCAAACAUUUGCAUCAAACAUCUCAUUUCUUUGGAUCUAUGCCAAUUUGGUUGUUUAUUCGACUAAAGUGUCUGAACCAGAGCUUUCCACCUAUGCUGAUCAGUUUGAAAAUGAGUGGUCUUCUAUUGAAGAUGGUACAAAGAAAAGUUUACUUCAUGUCAUGGGUACAUAUGCUCCUUUGAUAGGAGGACCUAAACCUACAUCACCUUCUUUACGGGAACAAGAUUUCCACAUUAGGACAUUUGCGAACAUGAUUGCAACUGACAAAGUUUCCCCGCGCAUUAUCUGUUGCACACUAGGAACCUGGGAUUUGGAAAAUAAGCUUGAUAGUAAUUUUGAUGCAGGCGAAGGUUACUUUGACUCUGGAACAUCGAGCCAGUCUUUGAGCAAGAUUUAUGCCUAUAUCUUAUCCAAAUGGUCUGAUCACGUCCACAAUGUAUACGGCAUGGAAUGA